AUGCCAGUAAAUUUGAUCAAAGGAGAUCAAUUCGAUCCAGAUUUCAAGGAGAUCAAUCCAAUGGGUACUGUACCUGCUCUUGUUGAUGGAGAUGUUGUCAUUUCUGAUUCUUUUGCUAUUAUAAUGUAUCUGGAUGACAACUAUCCUGAGCCACCUCUGUUACCUCAUCAACAACAGUGA